AUGUUCAAGAAGUUGUUGAUGUUGUCGCCGCGCAAGAAGAAGGCCAAGGACCAGACUCAUACUUCGGGAUCUAGUUCUACCGGUCCGUCCACUCCGUCCGCUCCGUCCGCACCAAUCCUUGCGGCCUCGACUUUCUCCGCUCCACCCGACCCUAACCUUCCAAACCCUAACUCCGCUGUCGCCAAUGAUUCACCCGAGGUCGUUGAGCCCAAACUUGGCGUUCUGGCCGUCAGCCUCUAUCAGGCUCAAUGCAUAAGCCUGCCUAGAGAUGCCGACCUGCCUAAGGGUGUUAUGCCCUACGCUCUGAUUGAUUAUGACAAGACUCAAGUCUUCAUAAACUCUGUUUCUGGUACCUCCUCCGAGCCUCUUUGGGCCGGUCGCGCCAACCAAUUCAUGUUCGAUGUCUGGAAAUCGACCCAGCUCACCGUUCACCUUUUCGUUCGCAGCUCUUCGUAUUCCCCCGCGGUCGGCAGGUCCAAGGAUAUCUGCGUCGGCACUGCUCAUACCGGCAUCAACGACACCGGGGCCAUUGACCAGCAGUGGACUGGUCAAAGUCCACGCGACUCGGUUCCCUCGGGCCCUGCCCUUUGCCGGGCCCAGCAACAGCAAUUUGCUGGGUUUAGUUUCACGCGGGCCGGGUCGAGUCCUCAUGCUGAGGGCUCCCGUGUGGCUGGUUCUCAGAACCAGGAGUGA